CGUUCAGUCAUGUGUGCCAAUAACACUGAUUGAUUAGUGAGCAUAUGCGAGAAUGCCUUAUGCUAAACCUUUUACAUAAGACAUAUUCUGCAUAAUUAUCUGAGCUUUUAAGGAUUUUAGCCGUUGUUUCUCCGCCUGCUUUUGGUAGGCCCUUUCACCCAGUUGUCCUCCCUAUAUAAUACCUACUCUGGUUUUCUUCCUCCUUCUCAGAACCAAGCCAAUAUCCACCAUUCCCUUCAAAAACUUCUGCUCAUUGGUUGAAUAUACAGAUUAUAAAACCAUGCAAGCCAGAGAGGUUUCUGAACUGAAUUAUCAGUUUCAGGUCCAUUCAAACCCAUACCCAUACCCAUCUCAUUACAGCCCUAUGCAGAACAAUAUAUCAACGUUCCAGCUUCAAAGAUUUGCCAACCAGCUAUACAAUUUCCAAAACCCUCCUCAAGUUCAGGACUUUAGUCCCCAAUCAUCGUGUCUGAGCAGCAAUUAUUCCACCUCUGAUGAAGCAGAUGAGCAACAGCAGAACCUCAUCAUCAACGAGAGGAAGCACAGGAGAAUGAUAUCGAACAGGGAAUCUGCCCGCAGGUCACGCAUGAGGAAGCAGAAGCACCUGGAUGAGCUGUGGUCGCAGGUAGUGUGGCUAAGGAAUGAGAAUCAUCAGUUGAUAGAUAAGCUGAACCAUGUGUCGGAGAGCCACGACCGCGUGGUUCAAGAGAAUGCUCAGCUGAAAGAUGAAGCUUCGGAGCUUCGUCAGAUGUUGAAGGACAUGCGGCUCAACAGUCCCUGCCCUUCCUUGAGCCCUCUGGAAGAUGUCCUCUGCAGCUCCUCGUACCUUGGACCUGAUUCCUCCAACCAAUCCUUAACCACCUCGGUCGACCUGCUUGGCUGAUUUGGAAACGAAGGGCAGAGAUUUUUGCUGUCUCUUCUGAUUAUCUUUGUCUUUGGUUCCUCUGUCUGUGUGAAAUAGUAUGAAAAAAUAGUAGUCUUUGCCUCCUUUUUUUAAGCUCUGGCGUGAGCUGAUGAAUGGCAAUAACAUCUUUUUUUAGUAUCUUUGUUAAAA